ACUCACACCAUGAUUGAUACAAAAAAAGAAAAGGAAAAAAACGACACUUCAUUCGGUUUUGAAGUUAAACCUUUCCUUGCAGUUUUGAAGGUUUGUUACUGGAAAUGAAUUCUAUUGCGCUGAGACUUGCCAAGCAUUUACAACUCUCAUCUCACGCUUCUGUGCCGAGAACCGCGGCGGCGUUACGGUACUCAACAUUUACAUCUGAAACUGAUGUUGAUCAGCCUUCACGUGAUAAUGGUGGGACAGUCAAGGAAGAAUUAGAUGAUGAGUUUGAUGAUUUCCUUGGUGGUAGACCUGAGUUACAACUUCAAGGUGUUGAUCCUAGAAGAGGUUGGGGAUUUCGGGGUGUGCAUAAGCAGGCAAUUAUUUGUGGAAAAGUUGGGCAAGCCCCUGUGCAGAAGAUAUUAAGGAAUGGGAAGAAUGUAACCAUCUUUACAGUUGGGACAGGGGGGAUGUAUGACCAGAGAAUUUCAGGAACAAAGGAUUUGCCAAAACCUGCUCAGUGGCAUCGCAUUGCUGUACAUAAUGAUGUACUGGGGGCUUAUGCGGUCCAACAACUUUUUAAAAAUUCUUCAGUGUAUGUUGAGGGUGAUAUUGAGACAAGAGUUUACAAUGAUAGUAUUAAUGGUGAAGUUAAAAGCAUUCCAGAGAUAUGUAUUCGUCGUGAUGGAAAACUUCGCCUCAUCAAGAGUGGAGAGAGCGUUGAUAAAAUUUCAUUAGAUGAAUUGCGAGAAGGACUGUUUUAGAGAAAUCUCUCCAUUUAAUGGAGAAAUGGAAGCAUCGACAUCUGUAACAAGAACAUAUCGCUCGCCAAUAGUAGCAUUUGUAAUGAACACCAUAAUGAAUACUCUGUUUAAUUGUUCCUUUUCAUUUAUAUCCUUUAGCUUUCUAUGUCUGUCUCCCAAAUUUAUUUUCUUGUGUGGGAGAGGUGGACAGGAACAUGUUUUUGGUUUCAAUUACGAGUUCUGUUACUCGAAAAUGAAUAUCAUAUUAAUCAAUUGACUGUUAAGAAUUA